GAAAGUAGGCUGGUACCAGCCUCUCUGCAAUCAUCUCAGAGAUGAGAAUGUGAAGAAGUGGGAAGUUAAUCGUGGACAGAGGUGGGGUUAGGUUUGGUUGAAAUGAAUCAGUCCAUCCCACAGAGGGCAGCACCCACACGUUAGCUAUAUAAGAGCCACCAUCUCAAUCCAUUGUCGCCCUGCAAGCUGCAUCAGGCUUUAUUCUACUUGUUCCUUUGGUGAACCAGGUUUACAUAAACUUGCAACAAGAUGACCGAUCUCUUGAGAAGUGUUGUCACUGUCAUUGAUGUUUUCUACAAAUACACCAAGCAGGAUGGGGAGUGUGACACACUAAGCAAGAAUGAACUAAAGGAACUUCUGGAGAAAGAGUUUCGUCCAAUUCUGAAGAACCCAGAUGAUCCAGACACAGUGGAUGUCAUCAUGCACAUGCUGGAUCGAGAUCAUGACCGAAGACUGGACUUCACUGAGUUUCUUCUGAUGGUAUUCAAGCUGGCCAUGGCCUGCAACAAGGUUCUCAGCAAAGAAUAUUGCAAAGCUUCAGGGUCAAAGAAGCGUAGACAUGGUCGCCGACAUCAUGAGGAAGAAAGUGAAACAGAAGAAGAAGAGGAUACAUCGGGACAGAAAUCAGGUUACAGACAUUCAAGUUGUAGUGAGAGAGAAGAGCAUGGGUAUAAUUCUGAGGGCUCAAGGGGAACUGCAAAACAUAGACAUGGGUCCAGCUCCAGAGGUUCAGGAGAUGGUGGAAGGCAAAGCCAUGCAAGUGGUUCCAGCAAUUACAGUGGGUGUGGAAAGUCACAAACUGCUUCUAGUUCUUGUCAGGCAGGUAGAUUUGGAGGGCAAGGAUACCAAUCUAGCUGUACCCAGUCAGGUUAUCAAUCAGGAAGCAGUAGAGGACAAGGUCAUGGAUGUCUCUCAGGAGGCCAGUCCUCUGGAUAUGGUCAAUAUGAGCCUAGAUCCUGUAGCCAGUCUUCUAGUCAGAAAGGAUAUGGGUCUAGAGCAUGUGGAGGACAACAGGGAACAGGUUCAAGUCAGUCCUCUUGCUGUGGGCAAAAUGAGUCUGGAGGAAGUCAGUCUUCUAAUUAUGGUCAACAUGGAUCUGGUUCUUGUGGAUACUCUUCAAACUGUCAAAAAGGGUCAGGUUCAAAUGAAUUUUCCAAAUGUGGUCAACGUAGAUCCUGCUCAGGUCAGUCCUCUGGCUUUGGUCAACAUGAAUCAGGCUCAAGUCAGUCCUCCGGCUUUGGACAACAUGGGUCAGGCUCAGGUCAGUCCUCUGGCUUUGGACAAUGUGGGUCUAGCUCACAUCAGUCCUCUAGCUUUGGAAAACAUGAGUCUAGAUCAGGGCAGUCUGGCUAUGGCCAACAUGGCUCCAGUUCAGGGCAAUCUUCUAGAUUUGGUCAACAUGGGUCUAGUUCAGGCCAGUCUUCAAUUUAUGAUGAACGUGAGUUGAGCACAGGUCAAUCAUCUGGCCAAAACAAAAAUGAAUCUAGGGUAAGUGGACAAGGAAGCUGUGGGCCUAGUUCAAGCAGAAAGUGUCCAAUAUGUGGAAACCCAACAUCAGAUUUAUCCCACAGUCAGACAAGAGGAAGUAGCCAAGAAACAACUACUCAGAGUGAUAAUGAAAGAAGCAGGGUAUCAGGAAGUGAGUCUGAAGAUCAUGACAGCAUUCAUGGACAUAGCCAACAAAGCCAAGGAUCAAGUCAGGAAAGGAGAGAAUCCAGAGGGCAGGAAACAACACAUAGUCAAUCAAAUGACAGCGAAAGCCAGUCAGAUGACUGGGAGAGAGGAAACAGCACUAGACACUCUGGUACACAUCAUGGAGAUACUGUACAAACACAUGAAGAGUCAGGAUCUAGUAAAAGACAAGAAUCUACUCAUGGUCAGUCAAGGGAUACCACUACACAUACCCAGACUGGUCAAGGACAUUCUGCUCAGGAAAAUUCCAGCGUGACGGGAAGAAGGGGAACUAGUCACAGUGAGUCCAGUGACAGCGAGAGGCAUUCGGGGGUGUCUCAGAGACACGCAGGAUCCACUCAUGGGCAGGCUGGAUCCCAACAUGCAGAGUCCACAUCUACCCAUGGACACUCAGGAUCUAACAUAGUAGAGCAACAUGGGUCCAGCCAUGCACAGUUACAUGAUGCUCAUAGACAGUCAAGUGAUAGCUUAAGGAAACAGUCAAGUCAUAGGCAUGCCCAAUCUCAAAUAAGUCAUUCUCGGUCACAGAUUAGUGGACGACAAAGACAUGGAUCAGGUCAAAGCUGGAGACAUGGCAGCUAUGGAAGUGCAGAAUAUGACUAUGGGCAGUCUGGGUAUGGGCCUUCUAGGGGCAGCACAACAAGCAGCCAUACUUCUAGUCCUCUGAGGUCAACAGACAGAGCAGAAUCCAAGCAAGUGUCUAGUCUUGGACAAUCAGUUUCUAAUUCUGACCAGUCAGGAUCAAAAGCAACUGAAAGAGCAGGAAGACAAAGUUCACGUUAUGGACAGGCAGAUAUAAGUUAUGGGCAGGCAACUGAUUCCCAUAAUCAGUCUGGAUCUAGUAGAGCUACAGGGCAGGGAUCUAGUCAUGGGCAUUCAGUAAAAACUCAGGAACAGUCAAGUGACCCUCAUGUUCAAUCUAGAAGGCAGGGAUCUUCUCAUAGCAGCCAGCCAAGCAACCACUCUCUAUCAGGUCAUAAAAAAUCCUUAUCAGCUUACAGCUAUUCAGAUUCUAGUUCAACUAGACGGCAGGGAUCCCAUAGUGAUGGUAAAGUGCAUUCAGAAAAUUGGGGGGGAAAGAUUCGUGAACAAUCAGGAUUGAGGCAUAGACAGUCAGAGUUAAAUGCAACAGGUAUACAGGGAUCCAGCCAACAGCAGUUGGGAGAUACAACAUCUCAUGAGCCAGUAACAUACAGCACAAAUUUAGCAAGACAGGAAUCAGCUGAUGGACAAUCAGGAGAUAUCCAGGGUCAAUCUGGAUUCAGCACAAAUGAAAGACAAGUAUACAGUCAUGGCCAAUCAAGUGAUAGCCAUGGGCAGACAAGUGGCAGUCACUCACCUGAUAGCCAAGACCUUACAGGACCUGAAGAGUACAGAUAUAGGUAUUUAUCAAGCAGUACAACCAUGCGGCAUGGGGAAAGGCAAAAGGAAGAGAGUGGAUCGAGUCUGUCAGGGAGCAUGAGAAGAUACUUUCAGGAUGUGGAGGAUAAGCAGACAAGCUACUGUGAGCCCAGGGGUUACCAUAGAAGAGAGAGAACCGACUCAGGUUCCUUUCACUUAGAUAGCAACACACCACUCUAUGAAUAUGUCCAAGAACAAAGACGCUAAUACUUUCAAUAAUAAUUUGAAACCAACAGAAAACAAACUAACUCAAGAGAAAAACUAAGCCGAAGGAGAAAUAAGACACACAACAUGGGAGAAAUAAGACACACAACAUGGAAUUAAGAUAUUUAAUGUGAUCCCUUAUUUGGGUACUGGGGGUAUAUGUCUGACCCUUUGUUUUAAUUCUACUACUGUAUUAUUUUCCUUUUGCUUGGUGCAAGGGUUUUUUGUUUUGUUUUGUUUUGUUUUUUGUAAGGCUCCAUAAUCAUUGAGCUCUUUGAUUAGAAAAUAGUGGAUGGAAGAAGUAAACUGCAUUGGGGACUAUAUUUAGAACUGUGUGGUAAAGUAACUGGGUGCUCUGGAAUAAAGUGAGCACUUUUUAAAAAUUCCUGAUACUCAAAGUUUGGAUAUUCCAGAUUGUUUUAAUUUAUUGUUGAUAAAUCUAUCCAAGGAGCUAAGAGGCAUGGUUUAGGAGCCAAAAUUUCCCUAGUAACAUUGUAACACAUUCCAUAUCCAAAGCAAAGAAUGUUGUGGUAGUUGAAGAUUCAGAAUAUUUGCAUCUUUUGUGCCACCACUGGAACUCUGUAUUGCUACUUUUGAGUUUAUUGUCAUGGCCUCCUGUAUAUAGGAUCCAGAAAAUUGUAUUUCAUGAAACUUGACAAUAAACUUCUCAUCAAGUUA